UUUACACCAAUAUCUAGAUUACCACCUUCAUUCGCGAUAUACUGCAUCAAAAAUGUCAGGUUUAAACAAAAGACAACGUACUCAACAAUCGGCAUCAUCUGAAAUUGAAAAUCAGAAAGAUUGGGAUGAUUAUUUUAUGGGAAUUGCUUCUCUUGUUGCCAAAAAAAGUAAAGAUCCUUCAACUCAAGUUGGUGCUUGCAUAGUAAAUCGUGACAAUAAGAUAGUUGGAACUGGAUUUAAUGGAAUGCCGCGCGGUCGUGAUGAGGACUUUACUUGGGCAAGAAAAUCUGAAAAUCCAGACAAUAAACACUUAUAUGUUUGUCAUGCAGAAUUAAACGCUAUUGUCAAUAAAAAUCAAUCCGACCUGAAAGGUUGCAGAAUUUACGUAACUCUAUUUCCCUGUAACGAAUGUGCUAAACUGAUAAUUCAAUCAGGAAUAGAAGACGUUAUCUAUAAGUCCGAUAUAUACGCCGAUCAGAUAGCAUUUCAAGCAUCCAGGAAAAUUUUUGAAACUCUAGGAAUCACACCUAGAGAAUGCGUUCCAAAGAAGUUUCAAUAAAACGAAGAUAAAACAUAAGAAAAAUGAAGUUAUUAUUGUUUUUUAUUAACUUCAACAUUAAAAUAUUUCUUGGGAAAUUAAA